GAGGGCACCUGCGCCUCACCGGAAGUAGACGUGAGUCAGACCGGAAGUGGGCGGAGCAGGGCGGAAGUUCCCCGCCCGGCGCUUUGCUCGCUCGCUUCGCGGGGCUGCGUCGCGCCCUUCAUGGAAGAGAUGUCGGGAGAAAGCGUGGUGAGCUCAGCAGUGCCGGCAGCUGCCACCCGCACGACCUCCUUCAAAGGGACAAGCCCGAGCUCCAAGUAUGUCAAGCUGAACAUUGGGGGGGCCCUGUACUACACCACCAUGCAGACGCUGACCAAGCAGGACACCAUGCUCAAGGCCAUGUUCAGUGGACGAAUGGAAGUCCUGACUGACAGCGAAGGCUGGAUCCUGAUUGACCGCUGCGGGAAACAUUUUGGGACAAUACUGAACUACCUGCGCGACGGCGCCGUGCCGCUCCCCGAGAGCCGCAGGGAGAUAGAAGAGCUCUUGGCUGAAGCAAAGUACUACCUGGUCCAGGGGCUGGUGGAUGAGUGCCAGGCAGCCUUGCAGCAGAACAAAGAUGCAUACGAACCAUUCUGCAAGGUACCAGUCAUCACAUCUUCCAAGGAAGAGCAAAAACUUAUAGCCACUUCUAAUAAGCCAGCAGUGAAGUUGCUAUACAACAGAAGCAACAACAAAUAUUCCUACACCAGCAACUCUGACGACAACAUGCUGAAAAACAUUGAGCUGUUUGAUAAGCUGUCCUUGAGGUUUAAUGGGAGAGUGCUCUUUAUAAAAGAUGUGAUUGGAGACGAGAUCUGCUGCUGGUCUUUCUACGGGCAGGGACGGAAGAUUGCUGAAGUCUGUUGCACUUCCAUUGUUUACGCUACUGAGAAGAAACAGACAAAGGUGGAGUUCCCAGAAGCCCGCAUUUACGAGGAGACACUGAACAUUCUGCUGUACGAGUCCCAGGAUGGCAGGGGACCUGACAACGCGCUCCUGGAAGCCACAGGAGGGGCAGCUGGCCGCUCCCAUCACCUGGAGGAAGAUGAGGAGCGAGAGCGCAUCGAACGCGUGCGAAGAAUUCACAUUAAACGUCCGGAUGACAGGGCCCAUCUGCACCAGUGAGCUGAGCGGCGGCUGCGCGGCUCUGUGUGCAAGGGGCUGCCCUUCUCCUGAUGGAUUGUCUGCAGCAGGGGACCAGGCAGCUUAUCUUCGUUCAACGAGUCUGUAAAUUACGUUUUGUAACAAACUAGGUUCUUUGGGGGUAUUUAAACGCGGUAGUUCUAGGAUGAGGAUAAAUAAGGUUACUGGGCGUACGCUAGGUAUGUAAAAAGCCCUGUUGAGCAUCUUGGAGAAACGCCCGGAGUUUGUAGCCCUUUUGUCUUUGCUGUUUUGUGGUUAGUGAGGAAGAAGGCUGGCUUCCUUUGGCUUUAGUAAUGAUCCUGCACUUUAAGAAACAAACAAAACAACAGAAGUCAGCCCUAUCCCUUCCGUCCUGGCUCUCACUGGCCUUGUCUCAUAGGCCUCGCAGCAUGGGGGAAGCGCAGCGACCUAAGCGCAGCAGAGCUGCUGCAGAGCUCCCUUUCUUCCAGAUCAGAAGGUGGGGGGGUUGGUAGCUCAGGAGUGUCUCGGUGUGACUGCUGGCAGGACAGGUGAUGGCAGAAGCACUGGGCAUGGGGCAGAGGGAGCCCAGUGCUGCCAGGUUGUGGCUCCCUGCUGCUCUCAGGCCCCACUCCAAGGGUUCAGUGGAGCUUCUGCAGCACUGAGCUGUGGAGACCUAUCCCCUUUUUUUUUUGUCAUUCAAGGGUGGGUGAUGUUAAAUUUCUUCCAAGAGGAGGAUCGGGAGCUAACUGUACCUGCCACCCUUUCCUUAGGGUGGUGUUGCUACCAGUCAAAGCUUCUAACUUCAGCUUGACCCCACAUCUCUGCUGGGAAGUUUAUUUCCCUCAGAAAGCAGUAAGCUGUGCUUUCUUUACCACAGAUUAGAAUUUGUAGCAGGUUUGGCACACGGUGCCAGCCCAGUGUAGGCAGGAGGCCAGCAGCCGUAGCUCACUUCUACAGCUGAUACAGGAGCGUUGGCUUUGAGCAAGGGCAGUGCAGAGCGCUGGUGUAGAGCUGGAGGCAGUGGCCCAGAGGAGGUUAAUCCCUGUUUGCCUUUAUCCUGAGCAUUUUCCAAGUCUCUUGGCAGAAAUGGCAGCUGUGUGUGAAAGGAUGAAGCUGAAACGUUGUGCAGAGAAUGCUGUAGUGUCUGCUUUUCUGAGAGUAGUAAUAAAUGGGUGUUUUUAUCUACCUCCUAGUCUGAUGUUGCCUAUUGUGGAGUCAAGUAGCAGUUAGAGUGGCGGAAGAUUGCGUGUUAUUCACUAGGAUUGGAUGCUAAUGGAUAAUGAGAAGAGCUGCAGCUGUAAUGGUUAAUGUAACAAAGCUUGGGAGAGAGAAAGCAGCAGGAGGGAGCCUUAAACUUCAGUCA